AUGGCAGACACUUCCCUCUCUCGCUGUCUCCCCCCCAGCCUCCCUCCCGCGGCCCGCCCCCUCCGUAAGACCAGCUCACGCCGCGUCCUGUCAGUUCGUGCCCUGCAUGGGAGCAUCUCUCCCUCCCCUCCCCUCGCUCCUUUCCUCGCCUCCCCCAUUCUGGUCUUCCCCUGGAGACUCAAUAUAUACCAGGGGAGCAAUCAGGAGGCACUUAUUGUCCCUCUACCUAAAUUUACAGACAGAUGCACUGUGCCACAGAAAAUCAGGAGGAAGGGGAAAGUCUUUUGCGGACACACCAACCUGGACACGGUCAGGCCACAGCAGUCCAGCAUCAUCUCGGCAUUCUCUCCGGUGUCCCGGAGUAUCUCCCGGCUGUCGUCACCGGAGGUCCCAUGUGCUGACACCAUGCUCGUACCCGUAUUGAUGCUGUUCACGGGCUUGGACUGCUUACUGGCAGCUCCAGCAGGCAGAGAAGUCUACAGGAUGCCCCAGAGUGCACUCAAAGCUCUGUCCGAUCGUGGCACUGUGGUUCUAGAGGCAGCCAUGACCAGUGCCCUGUCCGCUCUGGACCGAGCAUCAUCCGAGAGGAGUCGAGCGGAGGCGGGCUGCAGGGGUUGUGCUCCCUGCUUGUUUCAGGACUGCGGGCAGCCCUCUGGAUCUUGCACUUCUCCCACCAAUGCCUUAUCAGAACCCAGCUGCGAUGCAAUCAUCAAGACCCAGAAGCUUCAAGAUGAAGCCGUACGAAGUUGGGCCCUGAGCCAGGCCUGCGCUUUCUACCAACACCGCUGUCAAGCCGGCAGCACGGACAAAGAGAGCUGCAUCAGAAUCAUGAGUGAGAGUUGCAGCGCCCGCGUCCUCCAGUGCAGCUUGCUUAACACAAUGCAGAACCUGGAACCCGCCACUCAGACGCAUGUCCAGGCCGUGUGUGGUCAGAGGUCAUCCUCUGUACACAACGUAACCCAGCCUCGCUCCAGGAUCGUGGGUGGGUCCCCUGCGCCGCCAGGCAGCUGGCCCUGGUUAGUCAAUCUGCAGCUAGACGGUGGAUUGAUGUGUGGAGGAGUCCUGGUGGAGAGCUCCUGGGUGGUCACUGCAGCACACUGUUUUGCUGGGAGCCGUAGUGAAAGCUACUGGAGGGCCGUGGUGGGUGAGUUUGAUAUCAGCAAGACAGACCCUGACGAGCAAGUUCUCAAAGUCAACCGCAUCAUCCCUCAUCCUAAGUUCAACUCAAAGACGUUUAACAAUGACAUAGCCCUUGUGGAGUUGACAUCUCCAGUGGUUCUGUCUGACCGCGUCACCCCCGUGUGUUUGCCCUCUGGGAAUGAGCCCCCGACUGGCAGCCCUUGUCUGGUGGCAGGCUGGGGCUCCCUCUACGAAGAUGGCCCAUCCGCUGACAUUGUAAUGGAGGCCAAAGUGCCCCUACUGCCUCAGAACACUUGCAAAAAUGCACUGGGCAAAGAGCUGGUCACUAACACCAUGCUGUGUGCUGGCUAUUUAUCAGGAGGGAUCGACUCGUGUCAGGGUGACUCUGGAGGCCCGCUGAUAUACCAGGACAGAAUUUCUGGUCGCUUUCAACUACAUGGUAUCACCUCCUGGGGAGAUGGAUGCGGGGAGAAGGGCAAGCCCGGAGUUUAUACCCGUGUGUCUGCUUAUUCUGAUUGGAUUCAGGUUGAAAUACAGAAGGCAUUUGGCAGCCGGGAGCCGACAUGUCCCGAGCUUCUAAAAACCACAGAAAUGACUGAAGACGAGCAAAGGUCAGAGUUUGGCACUCUGUGUCGCUUCUACACCCUCACCUGCCCCCCGGGCCAGUCGAGCAGCACUUGCAGUCGAAUGGCCGAGGACAAAUGUCUCACCCGAUUCAAGAAGUGUCAGCUGCGUUCGUUCCUGCAGACUCUGCUGGACUUGCUCCAGAGCGCCGAAGACUACAUCCGGGACAAAGUGGACUUAACUUUCUUCACCCAGACUCUUCCUCAACUGGUGGAACAGAUCUACAGCACUGCUUUUCUUCACAGCAGAGCCAAGAGGGACGUGGGUGGGAAUCAUGGUCUUGUGCAGAUUAAAGAGCAGCAAGGUGGUGCUGUGACACCAGAGGAGCAAGAUUCCUCUCCAGUUUUGUUCAAGUCGUUGGGCCCCUCGGUAGAAGACUGGGAAAACUAUCUGGUAACCAUCGCUGAGGACAUGGAGAAACAGCCCAACGACACUUCCAUAGAUAGCUCCUCAGCGUCAUCCAGACAGGAAGAAAAACUUUUCUUACAGGCAGGGGAUUACUCGGUUCUUCAUCUUGAGAAGGAAUAUCAAAAUAUUAUCUCAGCUUUGCGCUCCAAACUGGACUCCAAAGCUGCUCCGCCCAUCCUCCACUUAGACCCAUCCUAUCUCCAGGAAAGUUCUUCCAGCCCUCCUCUUCCUCCAACAUCUACCACUGGACCCCAAGUCAACAAUGGUGCUUCCUCUUUCCCCAAAUCCCAGAAGCCUUGGUCACUUCUAGCAGCCCUAAUGGCAGAUAUUGAGAAAUUAAGGACACCAGGUGAAACCUUGACCAGUGAUGAGACACAAAGUGAAAGAUUUGUCCCGUCACCUAAUGGGAUGUUCGACAAUUUGGAUAAUCUUGGAGAAUUAACUGCUUCGGUAUCAACGACAGUUUCACCAAUUAAUAUAGGAAAUCUCGCAAAAACAACAUCCCAGCCCAGACAAACUCUGCAUGCCAGCAAUCCUUUAAGUCCGCUCAGAAAACAAAGGAGCCUUCUGAGUACGAGACAGACAUCUGGGCCCGGUGGGAAAGUUUGUCCUGGUGUUCGAGAGACUUCACAACAAGUCAGUCAAGUGAGAGACUCAUACCACUGGGUGCUAAGUAUCCCAAACAAGAACCUUCAUAUGAGCUUCCAAGAGGUCUUAGUUGAUCUGAGCUCCAAAAACGAUCGAGGACUUUAUCAAGCAAGGGUCAGAGCUGUUGUGGGAGGACGACCUCUGACAUUCUACAGUCUUGUAGGCCUUGAAAAUGAAUCAUUCUACCGCAGUGUGCCGAGGAUAAUCUCCUUAGCGCUGGAGGCCCUUAAGACUUAACGUCAACACAACAACAAGAGCAAACCGCGAGAGACUGCAGACUCAAAUAAGUGAUGGUGGGCUCAGGACUUGGUUUGAAAUGCACCAGAGGACCCUGGUCAUGGGACUCAAAUGCACAUUGUUGUUUCAUAUUGUGGAGUGUAUCCCUCAGUAGGAUUCACUGUUUGAGAGCCAAAUUGUGGCACUCCCUAAAAACUAUGAAUGUAUCAUCUAGCUAUCAACCAGCCCUUACAACAGCCUUGUCUAAAUUAUAAAUCUGUACAAACGAUAAGUUAUUCUAUUCUUCUUAUUGUCACAAAGUCUUUUGCAAAGGUUGAGCCUCUUGUGAAGAACACAGACUGUCUAUAUAUUAUUCAUUUCUUAUUUAUUUGUACAAAGAAAAACAUGUAUUUUUG